CAGCUCCUCCGCCUGUCGACCUCGGGCAAGAAGGACACGCGCAUCGCCGAGCAGGUCCAGGCGCUCCAGACGCUCCUCGCCUCGUUCGGCUCGGCAAAGACGGCCGCCAACCCGAACGCGACCCGGUUCUCGUCCCUCGUCGAGCUCCACAUCUCGGCCGCGGGCAAGCUCGCCGGCGCCAAAGCGCUCGUGUACGGCCUCGACCGCACCCUGUUCGCCAAGCUCGGCAAGGAGGAGCGCACCUUCCACGUCCUGUACCAGCUCGUCGCCGGCGCGACCCGCGACGAGCGCGCCGAGCUCGGCCUCCUCGACGACGCGGCCGACUACCGCCUCUUCUCCAAGUCGGCGUGCUACCGCCUCCCGCACGGCGCGCCCAACGCCGACGACUCGAUCGCGUUCGACGAGGUGCGCGCCGCGUUCAAGGUCCUCGGGUUCAAGCCUCGCCACGUCGCGUCCAUCCUGCGCCUCCUCGCCGCCAUCCUCGCGCUCGGCAACCUCGAGUUUGCCGAGCACCCCGAGGACCCGUACGACUUCCAGUCGGACCCGGCGUGGGUCACCAACCGCGACGUCCUCGACCACGCCGCGUCGCUCCUCGGCGUCGCCGGCGACGACCUCGAGCGCGCGUUGACCAACCGCGUGCGGUGGGUCCGCAAGGAGAUGAUGGCGACCAUCCUGCGCGCCGCCGGCGCCGACCAGCAGCGCGACAGCCUCAUGGCGGCCCUGUACUCGAUCCUGUUCGCCUUUGUCGUCGAGACGGCCAACCACAAGCUGUUCCCGGGCGACGACGCCGUCGCCGAGCUGCAGCGCCAGGGCGGCGCCUCGAUCCUCCACCUGAGCACGCCCGGCUUCUCGAACCACUCGCCGUCGCGGCCCGGCUCGCGCUCGUCGCUCCUCGUGCGCGCCCUCGACGGCUUCGACGACUUUGUGCACAACUACCAGGUCGAGCUCGUGCGGUACUGGUGGACCGAGCAGGCGUUCGACGGCGACGGCGGCAUCGCCGCUCGCGCUCAGGAGGACGGCGUCCGCAUCGGCGACGUCCUGCCCUCGGACGACGGCACGGCGCGCAUCGAGCUCCUGCGCGGCGGGCGCCUCGGCGGCAAGGCCGACCGCAAGCCGGGCGGCAUCCUCGGCGGCCUCGCCAAGACGGUCGCGAGCCUGCGCAAGGGCACGCAGCCGCACGACGCCAACGACGAGCUCCUCGAGGGCAUGCGCGACCAUUUUGGCGCGCACGGCAGCUUUGCCGCGUACCCUGGCGGGCCGGGCGCUCGCACCUCGUUCGCCGUCACGCACUACGGGCACCAGCAGGUGACGUACGACGGGUACCAGUUCGUCGAGACGGACGCCGACGCGCUCGACCCCGAAUUUGUCGCCCUCUUGCGCAACGCCGCCGACCCGUUCGUCGCCAAGCUC